CUCAAAAGCGGUUUUUACCCUCUUCCCGAAACCACACCUCAUUUGCCUCUCAACUCUCAACUCUCAACUCAACCCCUGGCUUUCCCACACUUCAAGAAGUCGUCGUGUCUUGUAUAAAUACCACAUAAGGUCCUCCUCUUCAUUUCGAAUCUCAAGCUCUCGAACAACAGAACGGUGAAGUAUAAGAAGUGAAACUGAAGAAAACGAGGGAGGAUUGGCGGAAGCAAUCAACAAUGGCGUCGGACAAGGUGGUGGAAACGGUUAUAGUUGGAAACUAUGUGGAGAUGGAGACCGAAGGAAAGCACAAGAACAUCAAAACCAGAUUAUCUAAGUUCUUCUGGCACGGUGGUUCUGUCUAUGAUGCCUGGUUUAGCUGUGCUUCUAAUCAGGUGGCUCAAGUUCUACUCACAUUGCCAUACUCCUUUUCUCAACUGGGGAUGUUAUCUGGAAUACUGCUCCAGCUGUUCUACGGUUUGUUGGGUAGUUGGACAGCAUAUCUCAUUAGCAUUCUAUACGUAGAGUAUAGAACCAGAAAAGAAAGGGAGAAAGUCGACUUCAGGAACCAUGUCAUUCAGUGGUUUGAAGUUCUGGAUGGGCUCCUUGGAAAACACUGGAGGAACGUGGGUCUGGCAUUCAACUGCACAUUUCUUCUGUUUGGAUCUGUUAUUCAACUCAUAGCCUGUGCAAGUAACAUUUAUUACAUAAACGAUAAUCUUGACAAGAGGACCUGGACGUACAUCUUCGGAGCUUGUUGUGCGACUACAGUCUUCAUUCCUUCUUUCCACAACUACAGAAUCUGGUCUUUCCUGGGGUUAGUCAUGACCACUUACACAGCUUGGUAUCUCACUAUCGCUUCCCUUGUUCACGGGCAGAUCGAAGGAGUUAAGCAUUCGGGUCCGACCAAAGUGGUUCUCUACUUCACCGGGGCAACAAACAUUCUUUACACGUUCGGAGGGCAUGCUGUUACUGUAGAGAUCAUGCACGCAAUGUGGAAGCCUCAGAAGUUCAAGGCGAUAUACCUGUUGGCGACGCUUUACGUGCUGACACUGACACUACCGUCGGCCGUCGCUGUGUAUUGGGCGUUCGGAGACAUGCUUCUCAAUCACUCCAACGCUUUUGCUCUGCUCCCAAGAUCGGCUUUCCGAGACAUGGCUGUUGUAUUAAUGCUCAUCCAUCAGUUUAUAACAUUCGGGUUCGCCUGCACGCCUUUGUAUUUCGUGUGGGAAAAGGUGAUAGGGAUGCACGAGUGCAAGAGCCUAUGCAAGCGUGCAGCGGCGAGGUUGCCGGUGGUAAUUCCCAUUUGGUUCUUGGCUAUCAUCUUCCCUUUCUUCGGGCCCAUCAACUCCGCCGUUGGAUCGCUUCUCGUUAGCUUCACAGUUUACAUCAUCCCUGCUCUUGCUCACAUGCUCACCUUCCGAUCAGCAGCAGCUCGAGAGAAUGCAGUGGAGCAACCGCCAAAUUUUGUAGGGAGGUGGGCAGGAAUGUAUUCGAUUAACAUAUUUGUUGUGGUUUGGGUGUUUGUGGUUGGGUUUGGAUUCGGCGGAUGGGCGAGCAUGACCAAUUUCAUCCACCAGAUCGACACCUUCGGAUUAUUCACUAAGUGCUAUCAGUGUCCUCCUCCUCUUCCACCCCCGCCCCCGGCCCAUCCCAUUUACAACACCACUUCAGCUCCUCCUCCCACUGCUCUCCACCAUCAUCACCACCUCCACAGUCCAUGAUUUACAUAUCUUCAUCAGCACGCCUGGCAUUGGAUCCUUCGUCACACCACAGUAAAGCAAAAAACAAGAGAAAGAGAAAGAGAGCAAGCAUGAUCCAUAUCUUCUAUAUACAGUGACCCUCCUGAUCAGCCAAAGAAAGAAAAAGGAAAAAAAAAAAAAAAAAAAGACUUGUUAAUUUGUAG